AUGACGAGCAAAGUACACUGGCAGAGUCAUGUCAAGCAGAGCGGAGUGGACGACAUGGUGCUGCUGUCCAAGAUCACAGAGGACGCCAUCGUGGAAAACCUCAAGAAGAGAUACAUGGACGACUACAUCUUUGUAUCCUGCAAAGCUUUGAGUUACGUAAAUUGGUCUGUACUCAUAUCAGUUAACCCGUUCAAACAGAUGCCUUAUUUCACUGACAGAGAGAUUGAACUCUACCAAGGAGCUGCCCAGUAUGAAAACCCUCCCCACAUCUACGCCCUGACUGAUAACAUGUACAGAAACAUGAUGAUUGAUGGAGAGAAUCAGUGUGUCAUCACUAGCGGUGAGAGCGGCGCAGGAAAGACAGUGGCAGCCAAAUACAUUAUGGGUUACAUUUCUAAAGUAUCCGGAGGUGGAUCAAAAGUGCAGACAUCAUCCCUGCAGUCAAAUCCUCUGCUGGAAGCCUUUGGUAAUGCCAAGACCGUCCGCAACAACAACUCCAGUCGUUUUGGGAAAUACUUUGAGAUUCAGUUCAGCAGAGGAGGAGAGCCAGAUGGAGGCAAAAUUCUCAAACUUCUGCUGGAGAAGUCCAGGGUGGUGAGCCAAAAUGAGAGCGAGAACUUCCAUAUUUACUAUCAGGUCAGAGGCGCCAACGCUCAGCAGAAGGAGGGCCUGGGCAUCAUACCAGACUACUACUACUACCUCAACCAGUCUGGAACAUAGGUGGAUGGGACCAACGACAGCAAAGACUUCAAGAGACAAUGGAAAGCCAUGCAGGUGAUCGGGAUCCCAGGUGACAUCCAGACUCAGGUGCUGCAGAUCAUCGCAGGCAUCCUCCACCUGGGAAACAUCAGCUUCAUCGAGGCCGGCAACUACGGCCAGGUGGAGAGCACCGACCUGCUCGCCUUCCCUGCCUACCUGCUGGGCAUCGACCCCAACCGGCUGCAGGACAAGCUGACCAGCAGAAAGAUGGUCAAGUGGGGAGGGAAGUCGGAGUCCAUCAACGUCACCCUGAACCAGGAGCAGGCCACCUACACUCGAGACGCCCUGGCCAAAGCCCUCUACGCUCGACUCUUUGACUACCUGGGUGGAGCCAUAAAUAAAGCCAUCCAGAAACCAUAUGAGGAGUUCAGCAUCGGCGUUCUUGACAUUUAUGGCUUUGAGAUAUUCCAGAAAAAUGGUUUUGAGCAGUUUUGCAUCAACUUUGUCAACGAGAAACUGCAACAGAUCUUUAUUGAACUCACUCUGAAGGCUGAGCAGAGUACGUUUCAGGAGGGCAUCAAGUGGACGCCGAUCGAGUACUUCAACAACAAGAUCGUGUGCGACCUCAUUGAAAAUAAAUUGAACCCCUCUGGUAUAAUGAGCGUGCUGGAUGAUGUGUGUGCCACCAUGCAUGCCAAAGGAGAAGGUGCAGAUGGUACUCUGCUGCAGAAACUUCAGGCUGCUGUGGGGACACAUGAACACUUCAACAGCUGGAACUCCGGCUUCGUCGUACAUCACUAUGCAGGGAAGGUGUCGUAUGAUAUCAACGGCUUCUGUGAGAGAAACCGGGACGUUCUCUUCCCUGACCUCAUCGAGCUCAUGCAAAGCAGUGAAUUUGACUUCAUCCGCAGCUUGUUCCCUGAAAACCUCAACACAGAAAAGAAAGGCAGGCCGACCACAGCGAGCUCCAAGAUCAAGAGACAAGCUAAUGAUCUGGUGAACACGCUGAUGAAGUGCACUCCUAACUAUAUCCGCUGCAUCAAACCCAAUGAGACCAAACGGCCAAAGGACUGGGAGGAGAGCAGGGUGAGGCAUCAGGUUGAAUAUCUGGGACUGCGGGAAAACAUCCGUGUACGCAGGGCUGGGUUUGCAUAUCGCAGGCUCUUCAGUAAGUUUCUGAUGAGGUAUGCCAUUCUAACGUCUGAGACAUGGCCGUCCUGGAGGGGUCCAGAGCAGCAGGGGGUCCUUCACCUCCUCCGGUCGGUCAACAUGGACAACGAUUCAGUACCAGGAUGGGACGCCACCAAAGUCUUUGUCAAGAACCCAGAAUCGCUGUUUCUGCUUGAGGAGAUGAGAGAGAGGAAGUUUGACACUUUCGCCAGGAUCAUUCAGAAGUCCUGGAGAAGAUACCAUCGCCAGGAAGAAUACGAGCAGAUGAGGGAAGAGGCCUCAGACAUCCUGUACAACUCCAAGGAGCGGAGAAAGAACAGCAUCAACAGGAACUUUGUGGGAGAUUACCUGGGUUUGGAACAGAGGCCUGAGCUGCGGCAGUUCCUGGCCAAGAGGGAGCGUGUUGACUUCGCUGAUUCAGUCAACAAGUUUGACCGCAGGUUCAAGUCCAUCAAGAGAGAUCUGAUCCUGACUCCCAAAGGCAUCUAUCUGAUCGGUCGGGAGAAGGUGAAGAAGGGCCCCGAGAAGGUGAUAAAGGAGGUGCUGAAACGAAAACUGGAGUUUAGCAGCAUCAGCGGCGUCUCUCUCAGUACGAGACAGGGUUUCUUCAUCCUGCACGAGGCACAGUAUGACGGUCUGCUGGAGUCCAACUUUAAGACCGAGUUCCUCAGUUUGCUCUCUAAACGCUACGAGGAAGUGACCAAGAGAAAACUGACAAUCUCCUUCACUGACAGACUGGAGUUCAGGGUGAAGAAGGAGGGCUGGGGUGGCGGAGGCUCCAGGGUGGUGGUGUUCCAGAGGGGCCAAGAGGACCUGGCCCAGCUCAAACCUGGAGGGAAGACCCUCUCCAUCACUAUAGGGGACGGUCUGCCCAAGUCCUCCAAGCCAACUAGGAAAUCUGCUCCACAGUCUCAAGGUAGAGGAAGAAAUCAUGUGUCCAGCAGAGCGCACCAGAAUGGAGCAGCCAAGUUUUCCAGAGCACCUCAACACCAGCAGCAGUCAGAGGUCACAUAUUCAGCCCCACACAAGCAUGGUCGGCCACCCAGCGCCGCCCUGCCCAAACUGGGCUCCCAGAAAGCCCCCCGACCCCCAACCAACAACCAGUACAACCAGGGGAACAUGGACUUCCUGAAUGUGCCUGACCAGGGCAUGUCAGGGAAGCAAAGAAAAAGGAGCAUCAGCCAUCGACCUCCUCCUGCUCCUAAGCCACAGCCUCGGCCUCAGGGGCCUCGCUGCCGGGCCUUGUAUCAAUACGCCGGCCAGGACACGGACGAGAUCAGCUUCGACGUCAAUGAUGUGUUCGACCUCGUCAAAGAAGAUCCUACUGGCUGGUGGACGGGCAGGAUUCAUGGAAGGGAAGGUCUCUUCCCCGGUAACUAUGUGGAAAGAUUUGAUGAGGACUUGACCAGCCUGUUUGUGUGUGUUGAGAAAUACGUGUAAUUUGUUGAAAGCAGCACAUACUGCUUGCGUGAGGACCUGCCUGGGGGUUGUUCACAGUUGCAUUGCAGAUCUUCAUCCAUAAUGGAAACGGUACUGUUUAAAGGUGGACAUUUGCUGACAUUUGAACCGCAACUAAUUUGUCUGGCAGCGAGAAGCAUGAACAAACCACAGGAGACCUGCCUGUCACGGUUGUUAAAACAAAACUGCAAAGAGCUGCUCAAGUUUUAUCUCUGUUGUUGUGUCAAACCUUACAAGAAGAUCUUUGACUUUCCCACAACACUUUUCUUUGAGUUACUUCGUCGCUGAAUGUGACUGAAAGUUAAAGUUAGAACCGUCACUGAAAAGUGACCUGAAAAUACUGCAUCGCUUCCUGGUGUCUACAGCGUCUCAAAUUGCCUGAAGCUUUUCUCCAGAUCAGCGUCCAGUACUGCUCAGUAUUCUUGAUUUAAUCAGUAGCGUACAAUCAAGCAAUAGCAUUUGAAAAACAUCUGAAAAUAUAUUUUUGCACCAAUAACAACAAAAAAAAUUGCUUCAGACAAAAUCAAAGUCUCUAAACAGAGCAAUAUUUUUCUAUUCAUUGAUUUUUACUGCUAUUUUUGUUUUUUCCUCAUAUAUUUUCACCUCCAUAAAAAACAAAAAUAAAUAUAUUUUCAUACUUUUACCUCAAGGAGUUUUGCACUGGUCUCUAUCAGUAAGUUAUAAAAGAUUUUUGAAUUUAGUAGAAAAAUUAAAAAAAAUAAAAACAGAAAGAAAGGGGCAUGAUUAUAUGUGUUUAUUUUUUGCGGGUAUAGCAUUUUUUGAUUAAAAUGUGUAUUUGAUAUUUGUAAAAUAUGAUUCACUCACAGUCAAUCAACAUGUGAUUUUGUAUAUGAACUUGGAAAGAAAAAUAAAGAGUUAGACUCAGAA